AUGGCAGUAUCCCGAAUGACCCUUGCCGACAGAUACAGUGGAAAGGAUGUGAGGCUUCAGACUGGUCGAGAGUAUGGCCAUGCGCUGAGUUUGACCAACGCGACUAUCCGCGACACAGUUGCGAGCAUUCAAGAUGAGACAGUGCUUGCUGUCUGGCUCCUUGGACUCUACGAGAUGAUCAGCGUUGUGUUGAUGCACGGGCGAACAACUCCGGAAUCGCGAACAUUGGAGGAAGAGUGGCAGUCACAUCUCUUGCAUGUCAGGGGGGCCAUGAAUUUGUUACGCCUCCGAGGAUUGUCGCAAUUCACUACUGCGCGCGGAGAGAGAAUAUUCCGUCUUUUCAAAGCCGCAAUUCAAAUGAGACUCUUCAUAUUGAACUCCGUUACCUCGAAGGACUUUGACAAUCUCGAAAUCGACGUCUACCAAGACGAGCACGAGUUCGUACCGUCUCAAACAGCGAACAAAGCCACUGCCUACUUCCACCGGGUUGCUCGACUUCUAGAGAAAAUCAAGCGAUUUCUCAGUCGAAGUCCUGCUCAGCUAGCCCUUACUAACACCGCGGCGGACGUGUUGUUAAAGUAUGGCGAAACAUUGGACGAAAGCAUGGCAGACUGGAGCAAAGAUGAACCGGGUUGGGAUAUGAUGAGAGUAAGAGCUACGACAGCCGGCACUAUGUGGGCUCUGUAUCCAUCUCACGCUCUCUAUCACUUCUACAGUUUCUGGAUUUUCUUAUAUUGGUUGCGAUUCCUUGCUGCGCGGUAUAAGCUGUAUGAGGCUAUGAUCGAGCUUCUGAAGCUUCGCGGCAGGCCUUUUCCAAAGGACCAGGAGACUCCCUCUUCUGCCAGCAAUCUUCAGAUUUCCAAAUAUCGAGCUAUCAUUCAACUGACCGCGUCGGAGCUCAUAGGUCUGACAGCAUACGCCUUAGGCGAUGUGACUCCCACCGGAGACUUCCAUUCAUCAGUAUCCGGCCAGCAUCCCAAAAAGGGAUUUCAAGAAAUCAACGUGAUUGCGGCGAUGCAGCUGGUGCUUCCCCUAAAGAUGCUACAGCGAUCGGAACAUCUCACAGCUACUCAAAAAGGAGCAGUUGACCUUGCUAUUUCUCAUAUUGGUGAUGGCUUCCGACGACAGCCUUUGAUGUUGUUUUGA